CACAUUUGGGAGCUGUAUAAAAGCCUUCUCACUCUGCAGGCUCCUCAUCCACUACCACUCAACUGCUCUCAUCUGUGAAUCAGCUCUGCCCCGCCACGUCAAGAUGUCCUACUACGGCCAGCAGUGCAAGCAGCGGUGCCUGCCCCUGCCCAUCUGCCAAGACCAGCUCCCUGUGAAAUGCCCACCUAUGUGUCCUCAGCAGUGGACACCGCAAUACUCCACCAAGAGCUACUCGGGCUAUGACGGGUACUGCGAGUCCAGCUCACUGCAGUGCAUGGAGCCAUGUGGUCCCAAAGGCUGGUUGAAGUGUAGGCCUCAGUGUGAGCAAGUAUAUGUCCCGCCGUGCCCCCCACCAUGUGUGACCAAGUGCCCCCAGCAAUGUGUGACCCAGUGUGUCACCAAGUGCCCCCCACCAUGCGUGAAGUGCCCCCCACCAUGUGUGAAGUGCCCCCAGCCAUGCGUGACCCAGUGUAUCACCAAGUGCCCCCCACCGUGUGUGACCAAGUGCCCCCAGCAGUGUGUGACCAAGUGUCCUCAACAGUGUGUGACCAAGUGUCCUCCACCAUGUGUGACCAAGUGUCCCCAGCAGUGCGUGACCAAGUGCCCUCCACCAUGUGUGACCAAGUGUCCCCAGCAGUGUGUGACCAAGUGCCCUCCACCAUGUGUGACCAAGUGUCCCCAGCAGUGUGUGACCAAGUGCCCUCCACCAUGUGUGACCAAGUGUCCCCAGCAGUGUGUGACCAAGUGCCCUCCACCAUGUGUGACCAAGUGCCCCCAGCAGUGCGUGACCAAGUGCCCUCAGCAGUGCGUGACCAAGUGCCCCCAGCAGUGUGUGACCAAAGGUCAAUCAAGCAAAGUGAAGAUUUCGAGCAAUAACAAGAAGUACUGCUCUGCCUCCAAGUGGUUUUGAAAGAGCACGAAGGAAAGAGCACAGACGGCUAGACCUGCUCUCCAUGCACCAUGCUUCUCCUCCUGCUCACACUCCCUGAGAUGCUGCACCCUGGGCUCACGGCUCUGUUCUUUAUAGAUUAAUUUAUUACCUGGAAGUGUGUGUGAAUGAUGUUUGUGUGGUUACUCUGUACAUGCUUCUAGUUUAUUCCUUGCUUUAGUGCAAAGAUGUCUGUUUUUUCACCCGCUUCACAUAGGCACUGGUAAAUUAAUGAGAUAAGAAGACAAAAAGUAGAAAUUCCCGAGGCUGAUGCUGAAGUCUCGAGUUCAAUGCAUCCUUGUGCGACUGGAGUAUGCUAGCGCCAGCCCCCAGAUCUGUUGGUUCUGCCUUUGGAACUGACCUGAAGAUACCCGUGGGCUCCUUUAGUGUGAGAUUUCCACAGUGUAGUUGCUUUUAAGCUUAGAUGUAGAUACAGGGUAUGAAUAGCUUUGGCACAAAGUUGAUUUAUUGUUUGCAUGCUGGAGACCUCCAUGAGCACAGAUACGUGGAUAUGGGGCCAAAUUAUUUGAUGCGUUAUAAUGUUGGAGCACCAGUAUCUUCAGCGGUGCUCUAUUUAUACCAGAGGUCCCGGCCCAUAAAGAUCGAUCUAGCCAUGUCUGUAGAUGUUACAUUUCUGCUCACAAAAGUGUUUUAAUGUAAUUUUUCUCAGAUAUCGCACCCAUGUAACUGGCGCUUUCGUCCAUCCAUGGCUGUGACUGAGGGACUUUGUGUUCACAAUGUGUUGCCCAGGCUUCCUGGAGCUCUGUACUCUGUACUUAAAAAAUGCUUUUCCAGUUGCUUUUAAAAUUAAACCUUAUGCUUUAUCACA